AUGAGGAUAUGCCCCCAAAGAGUGGCAGAUGCCAUGGGCCUUGACUUCAAUAUAGCAGUACCACAGCAUCAGACAGGUGGUGUCAGCACAGGAACAGGAUGCACUGCCAGGGACAUACCCACCUCCAUGAUCCAGUGUAGUGAGGGACACAUCUGGGACUCCAUGAGGAGGACAGGUUUCCUGCUGGGCCCUGGCCUGUGCUUGCUUGUGACCUUCUGGAACUCAGUCACAUGGCAUCUUCAGAGAUUUUGGGGUGCUUCUGGCUGCUUUGGUCAAGUCCAGUGGGAGAGGCUGCUGUCUACAUUCAAAGGGAAGGAGUGGAUCCUCUAUGCUAUAGGUGCCAUCCAGGUACCCAGUCUGCUCUUCUGGAGCUUAAAUGGGCUUCUAGUGAUGGUUGACACAACUGGUAAACCUAACUUCAUCUUGUGAUACCAAAUUCACGUUGACAGGAGUGAACCGGUGGACAUUAUCAAACUAUGCCAGUCUAUCACAGUUCUCUUCAACCAUUACAUGAUCUCUUUCCCCACAGCGGCCUUCCUCUACCCCCUAUUCAAGUUGUGGGGAGACCUCUGCUGCCGAGAGCUGCCCAUCCACUGGGUCCUCCUGGAGCUGGCAGUCUUCACUCUGACAGAGGAAGUCAUGUUCUACUACAUGCACUGGCUCUUUCACCAUCCAAUAUUCUACAAGAAAAUCCCCAAGAGACACCAUGAGUGGACAGCUCCUAUUGGCACAAUCAGCCUCCAUGUCCUCCCCUUGGAACGUUCGACCUCCAACAUGCUGCCAGUGAUGGUGGGUCCCAUAGCAAUGGGCUCCCACUUGUCCUCCAUCACCAUGUGGGUUUCCGUAGCCCUCAUCGUCUCCACCGAUAGCCACUGUGGCUACCAACUACCGUUCUUGCCCUCCCCUGAAUUCCAUGACUACCACCAUUUCAAGUCCAACCAGUGUAACGGACUGCUGGGGCUGCUGGACUGCCUCCAUGGGACUGAUGCCAUGUUUAAGCAAACCAAGGCCUAGGAGAGGCACACCACCCUGCUAGGCUACCCACUCUCUGAGAGCAUCCCUGACCCCCUAAAGUGGCAUGAGAGAGGGCCCGAGGGCCAUCCCGGCUGUCCCUCAGGACCGGACUACUAAGGAGGCCUCAGCUAACUUGUUCUUUCAGCAAUGCCCUCUCUAAUGAUAGUACCCCAAGGGCAGGGGAAGCUCAGUCUCCUGGAAAAGUAGAGCCAAGGAUGGAGCCAGCUGAUGGCUCUCCCGACUGCCUGUUGUGCAUCAGGAUGGACCAAGGGUUGGCCUAAGGAAAGGGAAAAAAUGCUCCUCAGUAUGGAGGUCAGUUACAGGGAAGAAACCACACUGGGAGGGCUCCAGGGGAAUCCCCCUUGUUCUCUGCUGUGUAAGGGGAGAAGGACCCCACAUGACUCCUUGUGGUCUAGGCAAAACAUAGACAAGGCAAAGACGGCACUGAGGUAGGAGGCUAUAUGGCUCAAGAUGUCACUUUGCCCCUUCCUGUCCCUAAAAGCUUUUCUCAUACCCUACUCAGACCAGGGCCACAACAUCCCCAUUGUACCCCCCCCCAAUAUACACACACUGUCAGUGACUGAAGUGCUAUUUCAGCUCUGUCCCACUGCACAAACAUCACUCCCUACGAAAAGAAAAAAAUACCAAUCACAGCUCUUCCUAUAUAUAUGAGAUACUAAUGAGGUACAGACCAAACCCCAAUACUUUCAGCCAUACCUGGAAACCAAAGGCCAACUUCUAUGGACCUGCUAAGCCGAGGACCCUUUUAUCCACAGAGAGUGAGUUGCUGACCUUUGGGGACACAGGGCCGAGAUUCCCUAUUAGCCCCUCUGAAGCAGCACCAAAGAGAAUAAACCCCUCUUCCUCCAAAGAGAAGGCAAGAAAACCAUAGCUAAGGAAAGGGCAAAAUCCUCAUUUUUCCCCCAGCUGUCUCAAUACCAUUUAUUCAGGAUGAUGUUAGCAUUGAUGCCUUUUUCAAGUGAAACCUUACCAAACCAAACC